UCUCCAAAAUGCUUUUCCACCCACAAUCCCACAUUUUCAAUCCUUUGUUCACUUUUUCCUUUUUCUCCCUUUUACCAGCAAUCAUAUUUGAAACGUCAAAGAACAAAUCUUAAUCCAUCUCUCUCUCUCUCUAUCCUUAAUUGUAUCGCCAAAUAUUGGCGUCAUGUUUUCCCCCUUUGCAUUAGUACUUAGAACAACACUUCAGAAUCAAAUCCAAUCAUUUUUGUGAGGUAAUCAAUUCCAUCCAAAUGCCUUCCAUAUUAUGAGUCGGUUAAUGGUAAUCCUUCUAUACCUAUACCAUUGGUGAUAUGGUUUUGAUUCUGAUUGUGAAAUCUCAAACUUCAAUAUCACAAUGAUUCCAGUUGAUAAUGGCAUUACAAAUCCCGAAGAUGAAAUUCAAGAAUGUAAUGGGACUCAAGUGAAGGAGUUUUCUUCUAUAGAUAUUUCAACUUCAACAAAAUCAUCUCCAGGCACUGAAAAUCCUAGCAGAAAGUUCCUCAAUUUUGGUUCUGCGCCUGCCAAAUUCAAGCAUCUCACUACAGUCAAAGACCAGGUUUCACAGUCUGUUCCUUCUCCGCUUUCCAAUAGCCUAAAAGUGCGUUUCAAUGCUAUGUUCGCUCAGAAACUUGAAUGGAGUUCAAUCAAGAAAAUGUGCCAGGAAUGGAUCAGAAACCCAAUGAACAUGGCCCUUUUUGCGUGGAUAAUCUGUGUCGCUGUUUCGGGCGCCAUUCUGUUCUUUGUCAUGACAGGAAUGCUGAAUGGUGUGCUAAAAACUAAGUCAGAGAGGCACACAUGGUUUGAAAUCAAUAACCAAAUAUUAAAUGCACUCUUUACACUGAUGUGUUUGUAUCAACAUCCAAAGAGGUUCUAUCAUCUUGUUCUAUUGUGCAGAUGGAGACCAAAUGACAUUUCUAGACUUAGAAUGAUUUACUGCAAAAAUGGAACUUAUAAGCCUAAUGAAUGGACACAUAUGAUGGUAGUAGUUAUUCUUCUUCAUUUAAAUUGUUUUGCUCAAUAUGCACUUUGUGGUCUAAAUUUGGGAUAUAAAAGGUCUCAGAGACCUGCUGUUGGAGUUGGAAUUACUAUUUCCUUUUCAAUUGCUGCACCUGCAAUAGCUGGUUUGUACACUAUUCUUAGUCCACUUGGGAAGGACUAUGAUUGUGAGAUUGAUGAAGAAUCACAAGUUCAAAUUACUUCUUCUCAUGAAAGGAAAGAGCAUGUUAGAGAGAAACCAUUGGAGAAAAAAUAUGCAUUUGCAUCCAAAGAUCAACAAGGGGUUAUAGAGAAUAAACCAAAUUGGAGUGGAGGAAUACUUGACAUAUGGAAAGAUAUUUCAUUAGCUUAUCUCUCACUUUUCUGCACUUUUUGUGUGUUUGGGUGGAAUAUGGAGAGACUUGGUUUUGGGAACAUGUAUGUUCAUAUAGCUACUUUUAUGCUGUUUUGUAUGGCUCCUUUUUGGAUUUUUGUAUUGGCUUCGGUUAACAUUGAUGAUGACAGUGUUAGACAGGGUCUUGUAGCUGUUGGAAUCAUUCUUUGUUUUUGUGGUUUACUUUAUGGUGGGUUUUGGAGGAUUCAAAUGAGAAAGAGGUUCAAUUUGCCUAACUAUGAAUUCUGUUUUGGAAAGUCAUCAGUUUCUGAUUGCACACUUUGGUUAUGCUGUUGUUGGUGCUCUCUUGCUCAAGAAGCUAGGACUGCAAACAGUUAUGAUCUUGUGGAAGAUAAGUUAUUGUGCAUGAAAGAAAUUGAUACUAGGGAAGAUGUAGAGUCAACCAAAUCUUCUUCUUCUAAUACUGUUAGUUCAAGCAAUGCCUUAAAGGGGUGUGGUAGUCCUGAUAAUAGGUCUCUAUUUAGUGUAAAAGAAGAACAUUUUGAGAGAGGUAAAGAUGGAACAAUGAUUCCUCCAACUCCAACAUUAAUACAAAAAGAUGCUCCUUAGUUAGUCCUUGAAAGGAAAGGAGAGAAUUUAUUAUUAUUUUGUAUAUCAACAUUGUUUGAGACGAUCCCUUAAAUUUUUAGUAGUGCAUUAAGUAUAUAUGAAAUCAUAGUUUUGCUCUUAAGUCUCUUAUACUAAUCUGUGUGUGUAAACCAAGAUAUCCACGUGCAAAUGCAAAGAUUAAAGAUAAUUGAGAUCAAUUUAAGGA